GUCACAGUUACAGCUGCAAUCCCAGCUAAGGAACAGUUUACCCAGAGUAAACAAGGCUCUGCGUUUUGGGUCAGCUCGGAAGGUUUCCUGGUGUCCCAGUGACUCGUCCCCGAAGGGUCAUCCCGAAACACACCCCUCUGGUGAAGGGAUCUUGGUACAGUCCAAAGAGUUCCAGGUUAAGAAGCUGAGGGGAUCUUUGUUGCCAGGAAUCACUCUGGAAUUUGAAGUGCCUCAGAGCAGGAACAGACCUCAGCCAGCUGAAAACACCCCUGACCAUUAGUCCUACAAAUUCAGCCUCCUCCUGCCUGUGCCACAUGGACUCCAUCCCCCUUGGAAAUAAUCACCAAUAAUCCAAGGAAGGGGAGAUACAUCUCUAACCUGUGUCAGGAAGGAAGAGGAGAGGAACUGACGCGCAGGAGCAUUCCAAACAACAGAAAGAUAUGUCUUCAUCAGUGCGACUCUUCAGAGAUCAGAAUUACCACGAGCUGAAAGGGCAGUGUAUCCAGCAGAGACGGCUCUUUGAAGAUCCUGAGUUUCCAGCGUCAGAUGAGUCUGUUUUCUAUCAGUCAGCACCACCAAGGAAAGUUGAAUGGAAGCGCCCAAAGGACCUCUGUGAAGAUCCCUACCUGUUUGUGAAUGGAAUCAGCUCUCAUGACUUACACCAAGGCACACUGGGGAACUGCUGGUUUGUAGCUGCAUGCUCUUGCUUGGCUCUGAGGAAGACCCUCUGGCAGCAGGUGAUUCCAGACUUUAAUGAGCAAGAAUGGGACCCUAAAAACCCAGAGAAAUAUGCUGGGAUUUUCCGUUUCCGUUUCUGGUGCUUUGGAGAAUGGACAGAGGUGGUUGUUGAUGAUCUGCUGCCAACAAUGGACGGGAGGUUGAUCUACUGCCAUUCCAAUGUGAAAAAUGAAUUCUGGAGUGCAUUACUGGAGAAAGCUUAUGCAAAGCUGGCUGGAUCUUAUGAAGCCCUAGAUGGAGGCAGCGCUGCAGAUGCAAUUGUGGAUUUCACUGGAGCAGUGGCAGAAUCUAUUGAUUUGGCACAGGGCAAGUAUGGUGAGAUUAUCUCUGAGCAGAUGAAGCUGUUUGAAGACUUGCUGAAAGUGCAUAAAAGAGGAGGGCUGAUCAGCUGUUCCAUUACGGCUUCCUCUGGCAUUCCCAAUGAAGCGGAGACAGAGACAGGACUUAUCAUCGGUCAUGCCUACUCAGUUACUGCAAUUCGGAAGCUGCGCCUUGGAGAAAGGCUCAUAUUCUCUUUUAAGGCAGAAAAGCUGUUCAUGAUCAGGCUGAGGAAUCCCUGGGGAAAAAGAGAGUGGAAUGGUGCCUGGAGCGACAAUUCUGAGGAGUGGAAGAAAGUUAGCACUUCGGAACGUAAGAGCCUGGGACUCACUCUUGAGAAUGAUGGAGAGUUCUGGAUGACGUUUGAGGACUGGUGUAAGAAUUUUACUGAUGUGGACAUCUGCCGGAUUGUGAAUACCUCCUACUUCAGUAUCCACAAGACCUGGGAGAAGAAAAUGAUGCAUGGGGCUUGGACAAAGAAUUCAGAGCCCUUGCUAAAUCGCUCUGGUGGAUGCUUUGAUAACAAAGAGACCUUCCUUCAAAAUCCCCAGUACAUCUUUGAUGUUAAGAAGACUGAGGACAAAGUCUUGGUCUCAUUACAACAGGAGGAUCGCCGCAAAUACAAGAAAGAAAGGAAAGGAGACAACAUCCCGAUUGGCUUUGAAAUACUCAAGGUGGAGGACAACAGAAGGUAUCGACUGCACAAGCUGACUGUGCAGGAGAGAGUGGCCACAUCUCUGUACAUCAACACACGCACUGUGUUCUUGAAGAGGAUCCUUAAGCAAGGCCGCUAUGUCCUUAUCCCAACUACAUAUCAUCCUGGCAUCAUUACAAAGUUCAUCCUGAGACUCUUCACAGAUGUGCCAUCAAAACUCAGGGAGCUGAGGGCAGAUAAGCCUAAAAUGACAUGUUGGAAUCUUCUUUGCGGCUAUCCACGCAGAGUCACCCAAAUCAAAGUUCACUCUGCAGAGGGCUUACAGAUGCAAGACAGAUCAGGCGGGGCAGAUCCCUAUGUACUGAUCAAGUGUGAGAAUCAAAGCGUGCGCUCCCCUGUGCAACACAAUACCACCAGUGCCAUCUUUGACACCCAAGUAAUUUUCUACAGAAAGAAGAUCGACAGCCCUAUCAUUGUCCAGGUCUGGAACAGCAACAUCUUGUGUGACCAGUUCCUCGGACAGGCGGUGCUGACAGCUUCACCCAACGACCCCAGAGAACAGCAGACUCUGCAGCUCCAAGGGAGAGGAAGCGGAGAAGCAGUCGAGGUGCCAGGUCGCAUCACCAUCAAGGUUUUUUCCAGCGAUGACCUCGUGGAGCUAUGAAUACCAAAGCCCUGCAGAGCCAGACAGAGCUGUCACCUCGCAGCAGGGGGGCUUGUCUGUGCUUUCUGUGUGAAUGACUCGGGAGCAAAGGUUGCACAUAAUCAUAAUCGCUUUAAAAGGAAAAAGCCCUCUAACUCUCCACAUUAUCAUGGAUAAUGGGGAGAGAGGCUUUUAUAGAGGGAAGAAUACACAUUUAUACAUAUAUAUAUGUUCCUGAUGCAGCAAAUACAGUAGAAGAGGGGCCAAACUGAAUGUUAGCAGAUAAGCUCAUUAAGAUGUGACCAUCUUCCCCCACAGCAUCUUUAAGGAGCUCUCGUCACAUAAGCUGGAAGCAAAUGUGACUGUUCUCACAGGUUCCCAGCACAUCGUCAUCUGUUCUUAGCAGCGGUACUGGAUGCAGGCAGGAUGGCUGCAUCUCCGUGGUCACAUACCAGCAGGUUCGUGGGGUGGCAAGCACGAGGUGGAUUCACAUGGCUCGCUCCUUGUCCACUGCAAGGCUGUAUUUAGGACGGGGAUUUUUUUUAAGCUUUGACUGGAAUUCUUAUCCAUAUGAUAUGAAAUUAUUGAUGAAUUUCAUUGUUACUGCUACAGGUCAAAUGUUUCUGUCCUUGGAAAAAAUGUCAUUAUUCAAGUUCAGUCCUAGGUCAUAGCCUUAAGACCAGGCAUGCCAGGGCAACAUUAAAACAGAAGGGCAGGUCUUGCAGUGCCUAUUUAAACACUACAGCAAAUAACAGUGUUGCCUGCAUAAAGGAUUUCAAAAUGACUCUCUUACUCUUCUACUCUCCACCUCAAGCUGACUCCCAAGUUGAUAUGUCUGGCGAAGAGAAAGGCACCUCUGUGGUUUUGCUCAGAGGACAAAUUCAAUAAUGGGAGCCUCCUUGCUAAGGAGGCUUUGUUUAAUCUACAUGAUGCUAAAAAUGAAGCGAUGCUCCCUUUGCUUCAUUAGAUAUGAUGGGUAGCACCAAAGUGAGAGAGCACAAAAUUAGCUUGCAGCAAGGAUAGGUUUGUAAAACAAAAUGCUGUGCCCUGGAAGGUAUGAGGUUUCACUCAAUAUUUUGUAUCUGUUUAUUGCUGGCAGAGGUGAUGUUUUUGUUGAACUUCAACUUGGGGUAUAAUGAAGGACACGUAUCCUUUCACUUUUUCUUCAAAGCAGGGUUGGUACAAACUUUCUUUUAACUUUUGAGUAUAUUCCACCAGCAGGAUUUCCUCAUAGGCAUUUCAGUGUCGUCAUGCUGUGCAGUGAUACUGGCAGUGUUAGAGGCUCACUGUUCUAGAACUCUUGGAAAUGGGUUUUAUAUGGUUGCAAAUUCUGGUCUUGAAAGUGAAGCUGAAGGAUCACUGUUUGCCUUUUGUACAGCCAGGAAACUUGGAUUUCUGUGAACCACUUCAGCCAUUUGGGGUAAUUUUUAUAAUUUAUAAAAUGGCCUCGAGAAGAUUAAUGUUUCCACAAAAGGUUUUGAAGUCUCCUCAGGUGUCCAAAAGGAUCGCUACUUUCUCUGACAUAACGGAGGUGGAAUGUAAGGCUAUGAAUGGUAUUAUACCACCAUCAGCUUAGUUGCAUGUACCAAGUACCUAAAUCCAGCUUUCUUUUUAAACAGCGUGGGCUCAAACCAUUUUGCAUGCAGAGCAUUUGUCAGAUGUGAACUACACGCGGUUCACAGCCCCACAGGCAAGCGUAAUUCUCUGUAAACUCAUAGCUUCAGAGUUGCUUGUUCUCGGACAUAUUUAUAAACUGCAUUUUUUUUUUAAAAAAAAAAAGCAUGAACUUUCUUGUACAGGCCAGAAUUUCAGCAAGCCACACAGGGAUCUGCAGCUCGGUGUGGCUGUCCUAGCCCUGCACUAAGACCUGUUUGUCCUGCUUUUCCUUACACACUGUUUUAUGCCACGGUAGCUGCUUCUCAGUGGAGUGGCAAGUGGUGGCUGCAGCCUGUUGAUUCAUCUUCACCACAGGGGUGGAGAGCACUGUGCUGGCAUUUCAGCAUUAAAGCUCUGCACUGAAGCUCAUAGGGCAGCAAGGCAUGCAGGAGAGUAGACUGUGGCAGAGCAGAACACAUCAUGUCACUCCUAUGUUAGACUUUUCUCCAGGGGCUGUUCCCUAAGAGAUGGGUGCAGUAAGGAGGGGUUGACUUGGUCAGCUGAUUGAUUUGGGUCAGUGUUUAGCCUGAAGAAGGCUCCUCUCAGCGACAGCAACCAGUACAGCCAGGCUGCUCUCCCUUCUGUGGACUGAGGCAACUGGGAGGAGACUGGAGGCUUAUGUGUCCCUGCUCCGAUAUUUGCCUGAUCCAAGAGCUGGCUUGAGCUCAUUGAGGCCACAAAGUCAUCUCACCUCCGAGCUGGAUGGGGAGUCUCUUGGCUGUGUUCUUUGAACACCAUUUCAGCAUCAGCAUAAGGGUUGUCUCCAGCGUCAGCGGGGCAGAGAGAGUUUGACCAGCCGUUCUUUGUCAUGUGCAGCCUGGCAAGGAGGGAACUCAGGUUGGAGUGGGUAAAGGUGAUGAUUUUUAUGAUAAUUAUGUCAGCUCAAGACGUUCUCACAGUUCGUCUCCAUCAUGGGGGCAGAGGCCUGCUGAACACCAGCUGCAGACUGGGCUGGAAAUGGAGCUCUGUUGCUCUCAGUGUUGCCCUGAGGGAAUCGCAGUCCAGUGCUGGUAGCUGUGAGAGGCUCAGGCAUGCAGAAUGUCUUUACCUCUGCAUUUAUUAAUUUUUGGAAAUAGUUGUAGCAGGCAGAAUUCACCCUUCAGCAGGAGCUGAUCCAACCUGGGAACAUGUCUGGCUGUGCUGAUUUGCAGAUGCUUCUGGCUUCUCCUCCCACCCAAGCACAUGGGAGAUGGCAGCAAUCCCAAGGGAAGCCAAGGUAAGACCAGGCUGAAAGGGGCUUGCACUGCUGCCUGCAGGAGAGCCCAAGCCAGAUAGGGAAUGGUGCCUACUGCUCUGUGGGCUCUUUUCCCUGUUGUACAUCUUGCCAUGCACUGAAAGCAAAGCCAGGUCCAUAGGGUUUUGGUUUACAGGCAAGGUAGAUGCUAUAUUUUUGAGAUGAGCUUGCCUUUUCAGACAGACACAGGCAUUUAAGACCAGGUGUUACCAGAGCUGGGCAGUAUUUUUCACGAAUUAGUGGUAACUUGUGUGAAAAUGAAGAGUGUUUUUAUGGGGGCCUGCAUUUAUGUAUAUGCUUGGGCCACCUUCAGCAGAGAGUUUUGGCUUCCAAAAAUUAAAAGAGGGCAAUAGUUGGAAAAUGUUUCAUUUCAGCCUCUCUAUAUUUUUCAAUAUGAAGUAACUUAAAUAAAAGGUUAAAAAACCCAAAACCGUGUUCAGUAAUUUCUGAAAUGAAACAGCUGGUUUCAGAUAAAAGAAAUCGUUCUGGGAUGAACCCAAUUGACAUCAAUUAAGCUUGCUCAAGAAGAAAAAUGUAUCUCAGCUGUUCACUGAACAGUUCUCUCCCCCCCCCCCGCAUGCCUUUUACUUCCUACCUGUUUCCUACUUUUGCCACAUGAGUUCCCAGCUCAUUGUGGCCUCCAUCAUUCUGUAGCCUUCCUGGCUGUCCCUCACCCUUAUAAAGACCAAGCCUCAGGUCUGGGGACUCAUCCUGUCCCUGGCUGCGCAACAGCAGUGUCUCGGGAGCCCUGUUAGAUUUUACAGUGUAAUUCAGGCCCACUCCUCGGCCCCAGGCUGAAAAUUUUGUUUACUGAAAAUGCUGUUUAUUGUAAUAAAGCUCAUUUUUUGUCCUCACUUCUGCCUUCCCAUUCCUUUCACCUCUUCCCUCCACAGUGAUGAGCCCUCUGAGUCGCUGUGGCUGCCCACUGGCCCCAUUAGGCUUAGGCUGAUCCUUAUUUGUCUCCUUUGCAGGACUAAUGGAUGGACUUUGCUGAGCAUGGCACACAGCAGUGCUCUUGGCAGAAGAGCUCCACCUCACCCAUAUUUUUGCUGUUUGUCUCAACUAAAUCCUCUCUGUUUUGAAUUUUCACUCUAGGAGGCUGCAGGGAAGACAGAUAGCCUGACUCCCACACCAUCGUAUUCUGGUUGCGGUGCAGAGAGUGGUCCCAGAUGUUAAUGUUGAGUGGCCAGCACUGUAGCUUCCAGCCAGCAUUUUGAGUACUGUGUUGUCAUCUCUUCCAACUUCUGGGGCAAAAACGAUUGCUGGUACUGCCAGGUCAGUGCUGCUCAUAUUGGUAGGAGUUAUGAAGGCUGAAGGUCUCUCCCACUCCAAAAGAGUUGGCGUCAAGCCUGGCAUGGCUGGGCAGGCACUGUGCUAGGAGCCACAGCUCCUACCUUUGCACUGAGGCACUGGAGCGUGUCCAGAAAUGGGCAACGAGGGUGGAGAAAGGUCUGGAGCACACAGGUUAAGGGAGAGGCUGAGGGAAUGGGGCUUUUUAGCCUGGAGGAGGCUGAGGGGAGAACUCAUCGCUCUCUGCAGUCCUGAAAGGAGGUUGUGGUGAGGUGGGUGCUGGUCUCUUCUCCCAAGUAAUGAUAAGAUGAGAGGGAAUGGCCUCAAGCUGCACCAGGGAGAGGUUUAGAUUGGAUAUUGGGAAAAAUUGUCUUCACUGAAGGAGUUUGCAGCACUGGGACAAGUGCCCAGGGCAGUGGUGGAGCCCCCAGCCCUGGAGUGGUUUAAAAGUUGGGUGGGCAAGAUGCUGGGGGAUCUGGUUUAAUAACACACUGGUAUGGGUGGAUCUGGUUUAAUACGGCUGGAUCUCAGAGAGUAGUGGUCAAUGGCUAGAAGUCCAGAUGGAGAUCUGCAAUGAGUGGUGUCCCUCAGGGGUCCAUACUGGGACCAGUGCUGUUUAAUAUCUUCAUCAAUGAUAUAGACAGUGAGAUUGAGUGCAUCUUCAGCAAGUUUGCAGAUGACACCAAGCUGAGGGUGCAGUUACCACACUGGAAAGACGGGAUGGCAUCCAGAGAGACUGGGACAGGCUGGAGAAGUGGGUCUGUGUGAACCUCAUGAGGUUCAACAAGGUCAAGUGCAAGGUCCUACACCUGGGUUGGGGCAGUCCCUGGGUUCAACACAGGAUGUGGGAUGAUGUGAUGGAGAGCUGCCCUGCAGAGAAAGGCUUGGGCUGCUGGAUGAUGAGAAGCAUGACAUGAGCCGGCAAUGUGUGCUCGCAGCCCAGAAACCAACCAUGUCCUGGGCUGUAUCAAAAGAAGCAUGGCCAGCGGGGCGAGGGAGGGGACUCUGCCCCUCUGUUCCUCUCUUCUGAGACCUCAUCUGGAGUAUUGUGUCCAGUUCUGGAAUCCUCAACAUAAGAAGGAGAUGGAGCUGUUGGAAUGGGUCCAGAGGAGGCUACAAAGAUGAUCUGAGGGCUGGAGCACCUCCUGUAUGAGGACAGGCUGAGAGAGUUGGGGUUGUUCAGCCUGGAGAAGGCUCUGAGGAGAU